AUGAGUUUUGCAGAGUACUCGGAGCUGGUCUCUGAUGGAGACGUGGCCAUCAUCUACCUGAGCCAUGACUCCAUGAUGCCUCUAAAGGUUCAGGCUGGAGCCCAGACCCAGACCCGCUACGGAGUGCUCAGGCACUCACAGGACCUGAUCGGACACAAAUAUGGCUCCAAGGUGAGCUGCAGCAGAGGCUGGGUGUAUGUCCUCCACCCAACCCCAGAGCUGUGGACCCUGACUCUUCCUCACCGCACUCAGAUCCUCUACAGCACCGACAUCUCUAUGAUCUCUAUGAUGUUAGAGCUGAAGCCUGGAGCUGUGGUCUGCGAGUCCGGCACCGGCAGCGGCUCUCUGUCCCACGCCAUCCUGCGCUCCAUCGCCCCUUCUGGUCACCUGCACACUGUGGAGUUCCACCAGCAGAGGGCGCACAUUGUGGAGGAGGAGUUCCGGGAGCACCGUGUGGGUCACAUGGUCACUGUGAGGAACCAGGACGUGUGUCUCCUCGGCUUUGGCGUUACUGACGUGGCAGACGCCGUGUUCCUGGACAUACCAUCGCCCUGGGACGCAGUGGGACACGGCUACAGCGCCCUCAAGAGGACAGGAGGCAGGAUUUGCUCGUUCUCCCCGUGCAUCGAGCAGGUGCAGAGGACGUGUGCCGCCCUCACAGACCGUGGCUUCACAGAGAUCUGCAGCCUCGAGGUCCUACUCCAGGUGCAUGACGUCCGCACUCUGGCACUGGGACUACCCGACUUUGGGCUCGCACCGAGUCUGGACCAGGACCAGUACCAGGCCAGAGACCGGGACCAGGCCAGAGAGCAGAGCCAGACCAGUGUCAGCAUCAGGACCACCACCGCCCCCAGAGAGAUCCCAGGACACACUGGAUUCCUCACGUUCGCCACAAAACCACGGACCUGA